AGUGGAGUGGUGGGAGGAUGGAGUGAGAGCAAAUGUACGUGAAAUGGGGGAGAUGUGUUUAAGAGCAGAGUUGAUAGUGGAGGAAGGGAAGCCUCUUUCUUCAAAAAAGGAAGACAUCUCCCUCGUCCUAGAAUGAAAAGCCUCAUCCUGAGAGCAGAUGCGGCAGAGACGGAGGAAUUGCAAGAAGGGGAUGGCGCCUUUGCAAGAGACAGGGUGAGAAGAGGAACAGUCCAGAUAGCUGUGAGAGCCAGUAGGCCCAUAGUAGACAUCAGUGGAUAAGCUGUCUCCAGAGACAGAGACAGAAAGAUCUAGAAAGGGGAGGGAGGUGUCGGAAAUGGACCAGGUAAACUUGAGGGCAGGGUGAAAGCUGGAGGCAAAGUCAAUAAAGUCAACGAGUUCUGCAUGCGUGCAGGAAGCAGCACCAAUGCAGUCGUUGAUGUAGCGAAGGAAAAGUGGGGGACAGAUACCAGAAUAGGCACGGAACAUAGAUUGUUCCACAAACCCAACAAAAAGGCAGGCAUAGCUAGGACCCAUACGGGUGCCCAUAACUACACCUUUAGUCUGGAGGAAAUGGGAGGAGCCAAAGGAGAAAUCAUUAAGAGCAAGGACUAAUUCCGCUAGACGGAGCAGAGUGGUGAUAGAGGGGAACUGAUCAGGUCCGGAAUCCAAAAAGAAGCGCAGAGCCCCGAGACCUUCCUGCUGGGGGAUGGAAGCACAUAAGGACUGGACAUCCAUGGUGAAAAUAAAGCGGUGGGGGCCAGGGAACUUAAAAUCAACGAAAAGUUCAAGAGCGUGAGAAGUGUCACGAACAUAGGACGGAAGGGAUUGAACAAGGGGUGAUAAAACAGUGUCGAGGUAUGCAGAAAUGAGUUCGGUGGGGCAGGAGCAAGCUGAGACAAUAGGUCGGCCAGGACAGGCAGGUUUGUGGAUCUUGGGUAGGAGGUAGAAACGGGAAGUGCAGGGUGUGGGAACUAUAAGGUUGGUAGCAGUAGAUGGGAGAUCCCCUGAGCGGAUAAAGUCGGCGAUGGUGUGGGAGACAAUCUGCAGAUGCUGGAAAUCCAAGCAACAUCGAUUUCUCGAACUUCCAGUAAUUAUUUCCCCUUCUCCAUUCCCCCACUCACCUUAGCUUCUUUCCUGCCCAUCAGCUCACUCCGGUGCUCCCUUCUCUUUCUCCCAUGGCCUUCUACCUUCUCCUAUCAGAUUCCCCCUUCUCCAGCCCUUUAUCUCUUUCACCGAUUGACUUCCCAGCUCUUUACUUCACCCCCCCGCUUCCAGUUUCACCGCUCACCGACUACCUUACACUUCUUCCUCCCAUCUCCCCACCUUACUGCUCUGACUUUUCAUCUAUUUUUCCAGCCUGAAACGUUGACUGUUCAUUCAUUUACACAGAUGCUGCCUGACCUGCUGAGUUCGCUCCAGCAUUUUAUGUGUGCGUGUGUUGCAGUAAAAUGUGAAAAUAGUUGUGGGGGCUUAAUACUUUUUCAAGGCACUGAAUAUGAAUCAUAAGCACACCAUCGUGGAUUCACAUUUAGCAGAAGCACUUGGCUGUGUACUAUAUACUGCACCACCAUUAUUGCUCUUGGACCCUCGCUCCGUCCCAUUUGUUCUGCUGAAUCAGUUGGCUGCCCAAACAUAUCGCCCCACAAGGAAUUCUGCAGAUGCUGGAAAUUCACGCAACACACAUCAAAGUUGCUGGUGAACGCAGCAGGCCAGGCAGCAUCUCUAGGAAGAGGUGCAGUCGACGUUUCGGGCCGAGACCCUUCGUCAGGACAAACAUCGCCCCACUAUUUUUCAACAUGAAAAAUAGUUUGCGAAAGGAAUGCAUUCCCCAUUUCCUUUCCUCUAUCUGGUAGUCACCUAUUUCUUUCUCAAACACUGUACCCACUGCUUUAGAGGGCUUAUCUCAGGACUUUGCCCAACUCAUUUCACUUCGGUUGUAGCACCACCCCGACCAGUUCUCGCGCUCACCCGGCGCGUCCCGUGCGUGCGCGCGACCCGAACUGUUGGACAGGUUGCCUAGGUGACGCCGGGGAUGUCGGAGCUGCACGAGGCGGCGGCGGCGGGCGACACGGAUCUGGUGGAGCAGAUCCUGCAAAAAGGGUCGUGCGACCCGAGCAUGAAGGAUCCGGACUGGGGCGAUCGGACCCCGCUACACUGGGCGGCAGCUAAAGGAAAAGCAGACAUGGUUAAGCUCCUCAUAACAAGUGGAUCACGUCCUUGCUUGAGAACAACCACUGGAUGGACUCCAGCACAUUUUGCUGCAGAAUCUGGAAAGCUGUCUGUCCUUAAAAUGCUGCAUUCUCUACAUGCUCCUGUUGACAAAGCAGACCUGUAUGGGGACACCCCCAGAAGAAUGGCAGAGAUAUAUGGUCAGGGAGACUGUGUUAAGUUUCUCAAAGUAGCAGAGCAAGAGAGUUCCAAUUACAGAAGGGCUGCUGAGAUGAAAGGUAUUUUAUUAGAUGACACAGAUGAAGAGUGGGAAAGUCAGAAGGAAAGCAAAACGGCUGAAAAAAGGGAAACUGUCAGUAAGAGUAUCAUUACAUGUAAGCUUCAGCAAAGUAAAAAAAAUCCUUAUACAACACAAGUCAAUGAGGUGCCUAUAAAAGGAAAAUUAUCAAAAAUAAAUAAAGUUUGCAAAAAAGAAGUACAAGUUGCGUACCCCUUAUCUGAAAUUCCAAAAUCCAAAAACCUCCGAAAUCCGAAAUAUUUCUGAAUGCUGAUAUGACAUUCCAAAUGAAAAAUUCCACAAGGCGCAAGGAAGGUUCCUAGGCAAUGUGCAGUUCUCUGCGCAUCACAGAUUAAUUUUAACAGAUUAGUUUUAAGAAGUGACUCACACUUAUAAUAAACAGAAGUUAAUGAAAACUGGAAAAGCACUGCAUAAAGCAAAAAUGAUCUCUGGAUCAUCUGUUGAAAGAAUGAAAUGAACAUAUGAAAUUUAACAGUAUACUGAUCAUGAAACAAGCAAAGAUCUAUCACAACAAACUGAAAUUUAAGAGAAAGCGUGGCAUUAUAUUUUUCAAAAACUUUAAUGAUAAAGUGUCUGCUCAUCUCAAGGCAACAGGGAAAUUCAUGGAUAAGUUUUCAAAGAUAGUCAUUGAUGAAAAUCUAACACCAGAACAAGUCUACAAUGCUGAUUCCUUUUAUACUUUACAUAAAACCUAAAAAAAUUAGAAUACAAAAACACAGUGUACUGUGACCUUUUAAUCAAAAUAUGGCAUCAUAAGUAGAGACUGAAAGCCUGCCAUUGUUUGUCGUUGUUCAACAGCUAAUUCAGGUAUUCUUCUGAUGCUGCUGUGCUGCUUUUGUUACCCUGCACACAUUACAAUUUUCAUUGUAUUAAUGGUAUGUAAUAAUAUUUACUGUUAAGUACAUAGAAACAUAGAAAAUAGGUGCAGGAGUAGGCCAUUCGGCCCUUCGAGCCUGCACCGCCAUUCAGUAUGAUCAUGGCUGAUCAUCCAACUCAGAACCCUGUACCAACCUUCCCUCCAUACCCCCUGAUCCCUUUAGCCACAAGGGCCAUAUCUAACUCCCUCUUAAAUAUAGCCAAUGAACUGGUCUCAACUGUUUCCUGUGGCAGAGAAUUCCACAGAUUCACCACUCUCUGUGUGAAGAAGUUUUUCCUAAUCUCAGUCCUAAAAGGCUUCCCCUUUAUCCUCAAACUGUGACCCCUCAUACUGUAUGUGUGAUGAACAAAGACUGCUUACUGGUAGCACAUAAAUUCAGAGUCAGAAAUGAUGGCAAUCACAAGCUAUCUUAUCAUGUAUUCCAAAAGCUGAAACACUUCCAGCCCCAAGCAUUUUGGAUAAGGGGAUACUCAACCUGUAAAAUAAAAUUAUCUUCAAGUCAGAAAAAUCAUGCAGCGUUAUUACUUGAAUUUGCUUAAGCUGAAAACUUAAUUUAGAUUGACUCAAGACCAAUGUCCAAAGGCAUAGAAUGAUCAGUGAUUUUAUAUUCCUGCAUAUAGGGUGUACCAAGACUGCACAGCUAUUGUUGCAGGUUGACGUGAGCCUGGAAUUUUCUAGGAAACUUUAUUAAAUAGCAAAAGAAUUCUACUGUAUCUUCAAACAACAGGCAUUCUGCAGAUGCUGGAAAUUCAAGCAACACACAUCAAAGUUGCUGGUGAACGCAGC